AUAACAUGUCAUUAAAUAAAGAAAAUCAUGGUAAAGCAGGGUUUAAAAUAUAUUUUAAAAUUGUGCUUUUAUUUAGUUAUAUUAGAUAAAGGGCUGUGUGAAAUUAUGGAUGAAGAAAAAGUUUUGCAUAGAGACAAGAGGUUCCUUUUGGUAUACCCAUUCGGAGGUACCUUUAAGAUUGUAAUAAGUGUAGGCUUGCCCGUUAUGUUGGGUAUCAAACAAUCGAUGGCUAUCGGAUGGAAUUUGCAAUGGCAAUAUCCUUGUGCAACUAACAUUACCCAACUAGAACAAAGUUAUCCGCCUGUAGUAGGAAGACAUUCAAGAGAAAAAAGGGACAAUCGACCUAGUGACAGACUUUUGGCCUACAGGGGAUUCGAAAACAUAUUGGAUAGGCACGGUAUUAAUGGACAGGAAUGUUUGCUAAGAAGUAUUUGCGAAAAUGCAGUUCAAAGUACUUUUCACGAAGCAAACGGUCUCUAUGGAAAGCUUAUUCAUAUCGCUUUAACACCCGACUAUGGAGACGGCGAAAUUGAACCUGAUUUGGAUGCCGUCUACACAGACGCUCAAAGGGCCGGCGAAUAUGGAGUGGACUGUCGCACCCUUUAUCCUGAUUGCCAUUACGAAGGAAACAGAGGUCUUCUAGACGUCAUUUCUAUUUUGGAUAAAUAAAACUAACGUUAUUAAGUUGUU